AACUGGACUGUUGGAACCAAUAGCAACAUUCAACUGCAGUACCACCGUUCAACCCACAGAGGGCAGCACUGGUUUCAGGCUGAACGUUGCAGAAUUAAACAAAUUAACACAAAAAUAUCACAAUUUGCUAAAAGGUCUCAAACUGAAUUUAGCAGACAAACUGUCUAAAUUCUGAACCAAUUUAGACCCAAAAAAGAUAAACAUUAGAAUAUUUCAAUUUAAAUUGAAAUAUGGGCUUUAUUCUAGUUUGCUGAAUAUGACUGUAACUGGUGGAUGAAGGGAAGUUUCCACGUAAAUGCGCAGGCAGGAAGUAAAGACUCAGAGCAGCUAGCUGUUAGCUAGUGCUAAAGAGAUGCUGAACAUGUCCUGUUACUACCAGCAGACUGCAGACGGAGUCCGAUCUGUGAGCUGCAGCUGGAGCCAGCAGGCUGAGAGUCGGGCCUCGCUCGUCUUCACCAGUGGGUCAAAAGUCUUUUCCUGUCUGGGGAUCUUCAGCCCUGUCAUCGGCCAUGGUUCUCUCUGUGUGACGGCCCGGAUACGGAGCUACCUGACCGGGGCAGACGAAUGGUCUCAGCCUCAGUUCCUGAAGGAUGCAGUCAAAACUUCCCGGCCUGAUUUAGCUCUCAUCAGUUCAGACUCUUUGAUCAGGAGCGACUGGAGCGGAGACACGACCGUACGAACCCUGGACAGAGUUCCCUCCAGGCCUGCAGAGUUGUGUUACAGAGUGGAGAAAACAGGCGAUGAUGAGUCUCUCCUCCUUCAUCUCAUCUGGAUGGGUUCUGAUCCAGGUCGGGUUCUCGGGUAUCAGGUCCGCAUCGACCCAAACGAACACGUUCAAAACGUCACCGAGACGACUUUCCUCCUGGUGGUGAAGGAGGGGAACUACAGUGCCACAGUUCGAGCCUUCAACACAGCCGGUUUCGGACCCACAACCCGACUUCAGAUCAACACACAGGAUCAGAACUCUCGGCUCCCUGUGAGGAACCUGUGGAUUUCCCAGGUUUAUCCUGAAAACAAAGAGCUGCAGGUCCAGUGGACGACCCCCACCAUGCCGCCUGGCAGCCAUGUUGCUGUUCAAUGGCGAUCAGAGAACUCAUCCAGCAGCCGAUGGGUCAGAGUCAACGGUUCCAGUUCCUCUGCUGUCAUCACAGGUGUUGACCCUGGUGAGUCGUACCUGGUCAGUGUGUUCCCCGUCUAUAACCAGCAGUGUGGACCUCCUCGGUCUCUACCCGCUAGUCUGCAAUAUGGAGUCUUGAUGGAGGUCGUCAGUCUGAAGGUCGUCAGCGUCACUAAAACCACGGUAACCAUCCUGUGGGCGUGGCAGCGGCGGCAGCAGGAGCAAAUGGAGGCUAGACCAAUCAGAGUGGGCCAAUACCGAGCGAGGCUGAAGAGAGACGCCGACACACAAACUCUGUCUUUGUGGCCGGACCAGCAGCAGCAGCAGCACACCUUCUCCAACCUGACUCCCAGCACUGAGUAUUCUGUGCUCCUAUUGGCUGACAAUUUUUCCUUAAGAAUCAUCCCUGUGGCCACUCUUUAUGAUGAAGUUCCAGCGGUUGCCACGGUGAUUCCUCUGCUGCUCCUGGUCGUCAUGGUGAUGAUCAUCUCCGUCCUCUCCAGAACUUUAUACAAGUCGUACUUCUUCCUGACGAUCUCCAGCCCUAGAAAAAGCACAGCAGGCCAGUGGCUGCUGAACCCCAACCUGAAGAAAUGUCCGGAGAGGAACUUCCUGGAUGUGGCCGACUUCCAGGUGAAGGACGUUUUAGGGGAGAAGCAUCUGAUCCUGGUCCGUCCAAACGACCUGCGUUCAUCAGAUCUGCAUAAGGAGAAGUCUCUGCCACCAAUCAGUAGCCUCUCAGUCGAACUGGACACUGUGGAGGUUACUGGUACCAAACCAAUCACAGGACACGACGUUCGGCCAAUCACAGAGCAGCAGCUGCUCUCUCUUCACUCAGUUUUUACAACGGAGAUCGGAGGAACCGAAGUUCCUCUGCUGCAGGAAGAGAGCGGCUGCUCUCCUCAGAGCGAGGAAGACGUUUAUCCACCUCAUCAUCAUCAUCAGGCGUUCACGUUUCGGUUUCCAGAACUCCUGACGGACUUCCAGAAAGAACCGGAACCAGUGACUGGACCGCUCGAUCCGGUCUCUGAGGUGGAGUAUUUAACAAACGGCUGCUUCAGAGCAGAACCAGCAGCUGGAUCAGAACCAACAGUGACAGUCCUGCAUUAACUCAGAGGUGGAACACUGACCCCUGGUGGCUGAAAAAUCCAUAACACAAACAGAAAACUGCUUUAAUGAACCUUCGUUAUAAAUAUAAAAACAUCUGAAAUGACAACUUAUAAAAGAAAUAUAUUCAAUUAUGAUCUUUUAUUUGAUUAGAGAUCCAACAUGUGCAGCACUAGUUUAAAUUUGAUGCAGGAAAAAAGAAUCAGAAAAAAGUUUGACAUUAAUAAAAACAGUUUUAUGAAACAAAA